AGGUUAUCGGUGCUGCCUUUUCUCUUUACCUUCAUUAUUGCUCUUCAGCCCUUCUGGCAGGAUGGAGGAUACAGGAAACUGGUCCUGCAACGCCAACGACGCCGUCCAGAUUGCCUUGGUGCAGCCUGGCGAGGCGAAGCCUACGGUCCUGUCUACCUUCCAUCCCCAGUUUACAUACCCCAUCUUUGGUGAUGAUGAGGAGAUAUUUGGCUAUCGCGGCUUGAUUAUCCGCCUGCGGUUUGCCGCACAUGAUCUCCGCCCGCAUAUUCAUAUCUCAUACGACGAGAAAUUCAAGGCGGUCGAGGACGCAACCCCGCUGGACCUCAUCGCGACUCUGAAGCCUUUUUCGCACGAGGACGCAUUUAGCACUCUUCCCGAGUACGAAGCUGCCAUGCAGAAUGAUGAAAACACAAAGGACUUUACUCCUCCGGGUAAGCUGGUUCACAGUUAUGCCUCCAAAGACAACAGACAGUACGAGAUCUGGGCUGGCUCCCUGGCGGAUCCGGAGGUGCGACGUAUUAUAGACCGCGCCCAGAUUCUGGUGUCCUUCUUCAUUGAGGGCGGAACUCCGAUCGAGACGGACGACCCCGAGUGGACGCUUGAGAGAUGGACUGUUUACUUUGUGUACGAGAAGCUGGCCACGCCCCCGCCGACUGCCUCGCCGUACUCGAUUGUCGGGUAUUCUACAACCUACCGCUGGUGGUAUUUUCAGACUGGUGCAUUGCAGACUCGCACUGUCAGCGAGGGACCCUUCCCGCUUCCCGAAGCCCGGAUCUCGGAACUCCCUGCUCGACUGAGAAUUGCCCAGUUCUUGAUCCUCCCCCCUCACCAGGGCUCCGGUCAUGGCACCCAUCUUUACAACACCAUCCACACUGCGUGCUGCAAUGACCCGACCAUCAUGGAGCUGACCGUCGAGGAUCCCAACGAGGCGUUUGAUGUCCUCCGGGACACUGCGGACUUCCACAUGCUUCGUCCGAAAUUCUUGCACCACCAAGUGACCAUCAAUGCGGACCCGUACGCAGGCCAAACGCGCAUCCCGCGAUCCAGGACGGUGCCUACCAAUGCGCUGCUCCCCAUGAAUCUUCUCCAGGAUAUCCGUACGUCCCUGAAGAUCGAUACCACUCAGUUCGCGCAUAUUCUGGAGAUGUUCCUACUGAGCCAGAUCCCGACGAAGCACCGCGUCUCGGGCGGCGCAAGCAUGGCCCGGUUAUUGGUCAAAAAGCACAAGGCGGAAGAUCCCCACGACCGGCGUUACUACUGGUGGCGCAUGCUGGUCAAGCAGCGUCUCUACAAACGCCAUCGCGACACUCUUGUCCAGCUGGACCACGACGAGCGUGUCCAGAAGCUGGACGAGACCCUUGUCAACGUCGAAGAAGGGUACAGCGCGCUUCUUGAGGCCUUCCUGGAGCGGGAGAAGAAACUUGAGGCUCAAGAAGGAUCGGCGGAUGCUGGAACCUUGGGUAGAGACCAGCGCGUGAAGCGAAAGUUUACCGUCCAGGAUGACGAGGACGAGGAAGACCACGACCAGGAAUCGGCAAAACGGCCCAAGGUGUAAAGCAAAAGGUGGUAACUCGUGAUGAAUUCAAUUGACCCAAAUGUACAAUACUUCUAUUUUCAUGACCAUGUGAAUUUAAUCAAUUCAAAAUAAAAAAAAUAUUGACACUCAUU